GCAACUUCCGUUGGAGAAAGAACGCGCGGAAAUUUGGAGCGAUGUGUCAACAAAUGUCUACUUUUUUUAUUGUCCAGUGAAGUAUCUUUUCUAAUUGCUUAAAACGAGCUUAACUUCUUAAAAUACAGUAGAGAAAUCCGUUAACAUGGAUCGGUACGUGGUUGUGGUCAUAUUUAAUUUGGAAUCAGACGGAAGUUCCAAAGACUACAAUGGAUUGCAGACAGCGAAAAAUAUUUAUGACAAACUUAAAGAAAUUUCUGCUUCUAAAUUCAUGACUGAUGUAUCGCCCAUGCCAGCUUGCUCCCUCAGUGGUAAACCACUCCCUCAGAAAUGGUUCUUUUCACUCCAAGCCUGUUGUGGGUCAACUCAGUUUUGUAGCUCUGAGUGGGAGGAACUGGUCGAAAGCUCUCAGAGGAGCGACAGUGAGGAGGUUGGAUCCUCAGCUCUUGAGGCCUGUCUCGCUGCUGUGGAGGAACAGGAGGAACAAACCGAACAGCCGUCCAUCAAAGAGCUGUUAGAGGAGGCAGCAGACGGUCUCCACUUGUUAGCAGACAAGCUCCCUCCUCCAGGGAGGUGUCUUAUAGAUGUGAUUUUACUGUGUGUGGAUAAGGAGGCACCUACCAUGAAGGACCUCCUGCCUCUCAUAGGCUCCCUGAAGCACAUGCGGGCCUGGCACUCAGCCAAGAUGACCAUGGUCACAGAGCACCGAGACGGGUGGCAGAGGGAGGCGUCGUACCUCAUGGCCAGGGUGUGUGACAGCGGUGACGUGCUGAGCUGCCUGGACGAGAGGGACGUGUGGAGAGGAGCAGUGCUCAUCAGAGAGAAGAAGAUGGCCUCUGAAGUGAGGUUUGAUGGAUUCUGUCUUAAGAGGGUCCAGCCCGGGGGCUCCUGGAGCAGCGUCCUGUCAGAGGGCAGCACCCACAGCCACACAGACCAUCAGAUCCCAGCCGAGGUGUUCCAUUACUACCAGCCAACCUUAAACCUGGUCCAGUUGGUGCUGCUCUCCGAUCUACCAGCUCUCUUGCACUCCAGCACGGAGUUUGAGCUAAACCUGACCUCCAGGUCGAAGAGGGCCCGGAUGCUUCUGGAUCAGCUGGCCACUCUCCGGGGAAAGGUAGCAGCUCUGUUCUCCCUGUCCUGUGUGGUCAGUGCCGUGGCGAUGCCCUCUGCGUCUCAGCUCAGCACGCAGCGGUGGAAGGAGUUCAUGGCCAAACGGCCCAAAGCCCUCACAGUUCCUGAAGUGGAGGUCAAAGGUGAGACGGCCCGCUACUUCCUGCUGGUCCAGGGGACAGCGGACGGUGGCUGCAGAGCACAGAUGAUCCACUCAGCCAAUCAGAUCAAUGGAGCCGCUGCCCUGGACACGGUCAAUGCCCUCAUGCGCAGAAACGAUUCUUCAUCGUCGGCAGGUCAAAGCACAGUGGACUGGCUGCGCUCCUUGCCCAGUAUCCGUGGCGACGAGCUGCUGCGACAGGAGAAGUGUCUGGCGAAGGUGCAGACUCUUGUCCUGAAGGAAUGUCUCAGUAGGAAAGAGGAGGCCCAGAGGCCUGCAGGGAUGGCUGCCAGCCACCUGCGGGCGCUGCUGAGUCUGGCACGGGAGCAGUUCAUCAGCGUGCAGCAGAGCGCUCUGCCCAAAGGGCCGGGCAGCACGCAGGCCCAAGAGCACUCCGCUAAGGAUGCUGACCGGCACUGCAGUCCUGCCUCAGCCUGGCCAGAGAGGAGCGUGCUGCACAACUACGAGAAGCUGAGGACCAGGAGCCGACAGAAGUCCAGGAGUAGUCUUCUUGCCUCCAGCUCUGAGAGUCUGAUGGGGCCCAAGGACGGUCAGCGAGACGGCUCCUCUCUGCUGGACGCCACUGAGCUGCUCAAGCACUUCACCCUCGAGGGUCAGCCCAGAGCUCCACUGCAGCCGCUGCUCCUGCAGAGAGGGGAGAACGCGUUCCAGCUGUCUCCAGACCUCACCCCCAGGAAGGUGAGUCAGCUGUCCUUCAGGAAGGCCACGCGCUCCCACUACCACGGCAUCGAGUUCUGUCUGGACGAGCUGGGCGCUCUGGAGCGAGACCGGGGCAUGGUCAGGCUGCAGUCCCGUCUCAUCCGCUACGAGACGCACACCACCUGCUCCAAGGAGCCCUGCCCAAUCCCGUUCGCCCUCAGUCCCGCCCCUUCCCCGGCUGUCCUAUCAGAGCCGGGCAGCGUGCCGGACGGAGAGAGCCUCGCCCAGGCAGAGUUGCCCCGCCUUAAACGCCACGCCCGUGAUCCAGACCUCCUCACCUACCCACACAAGAGGCUGGCUAAGUCCGAAAGUGGAGAGUGUCCAGGCUCCCACAGUAGCAGCAGCAGUGGCUUCGUCCCCCUCAGAGCCCUGCGGGCCCUUAGACAGCAGACGCGGCCCCAGUCCACCUCCGGGGCCCCCAGGAGCAGUGCCCGAGGGGGCGCUAGGACACAGGAGGCGCUGAAUCCGCCGCCGCCUCAGCAGAGCCAGAGGCCAGAGCAAGGCCACAGCGAGUCCCGCUCCCAGAAACACCACAGAAUGCUGAAAGAGGUGGUGAUGAAGACUCUGAAGCAGCACGGGAUCAGCAGCCAGCACCAGGCCUUUGAAGCGUGCAGUCAGCGGCUGUUUGAGAUAUCAAAGUUCUAUCUGAAGGAUCUGAAGACGUCGAGAGGCCUCCACGAGGAGAUGAAGAAGGCUGCCAGUAGCAAUGCUAAGCAGGUGAUUGACUGGGUGCUGGAGAAAGCCUCAAAGACAUGAGAGACCCCAGGCCCUCGCGUUCUUCCCUGACCCUCCGCCUGGUCGACCUCAGGGGGCGGGCAGCUGGCACUGCCAGGCUGGCUGAAGACCACAGGGUCGAGGGCAUUGACCGCAGCUAGCCUGUGGUAAAGACGAGCCCAGCGAGAGCUUUGUGCUGUGCUGUCUGACCAGACUCAGAGCGUCACUGAGCCAUGACCGGCAGUAGCCCCCUGCACACUGCACACUCUGUUCUCUUCUUAUUGUUGACAUGCCAUGGUAUUUGUUGUGUUUUUGUUCUGUGUGUCAUCUGUUUGAAUUAAAGCCAUUCAUUUUA